UUGAUAGAAGAGCAUUUUUCAUACCAAAAAUGCUAACUCGAUAAAAGAGCAUUCACACCCAUGGUUUAUUAUUCAUUAUUAUUUUUUGGAAUUUUCCAUAAAGUCUUCUUUUUACAACUCCGCUCAAUUCACAUAUCAUAAUAUCACGUGUUGGUAGUGCCCAUCAUCGUUGGAACCGUGUAAACCACUCGGCCAACGCAGACCAUGACUAUAUCCACCACGUGUUCGUAUUUAUAUCCAAAAGACCAAAACACAGUCACUUCAAACUGUUUGAUUUGCAUAUGGUCAGACCCUUUUCUUUUGGAUUUGCAGGUUCUUCCUAAGAACUCUGAAUCAUCAUCACUCUAUUGGGUUUCAUCCAUUGUAUGAAAAUAUGGCACAUUGUUCUGGAGGCUGGUUGCUUUUCUUACUAAUUCUCCUAUUGGCGUUAAGUGUUCAAACUUCGCAAGCUCCUAUAAGGAUUGAAAAUGGGGUAAAAUCUUCUGUUUUUCUAUCUCCUAAGUUUGUACUGAAACCAGGAUCAGUGGUAAACAAGUUCUACUAUGACAUUGACUUUCCAAUAGGUCAUAUUGCCAUCAAGAGUUUCAAUGCUGAAGUAGUUGAUGAGGCAGGAAAUCCCGUUCCCCUUCACGAAACUUAUCUCCACCACUGGGUUGUUGUGAGAUACUAUCAGCAUAAAAGUGUCAAAAUUUCAAAGUACAAUGACAGUCUAGGGUUUGAGUCAUUCGACCAAUCUGAUUUUAUUAUAGGUAGGAACGCUGGUUUAUGUGAUCGUGGUGGUCCUACCCAGUAUUUUGGCCUUGGAUCUGAAACACGAAAAACAGCCACACAUGUGCCAGAUCCCUAUGGAAUAGAAGUUGGUAAUCCAGCGGAAAUUCCUGCUGGGUAUGAGGACAAAUGGUUGAUGAAUGUCCAUGCGAUUGAUACGCGUGGUGUGGAAGAUAGGUUGGGAUGCACCGAAUGCAGGUGUGAUCUUUAUAAUGUUACAGAGGAUGGACAUGGUAGACCUUUGAAGCCAGGUUAUAUGGGAGGAUUGAGAUGUUGCCAUGAUCAGACACAAUGCAGGGUGAUAGAAGGCUUCAAGAGUGCCAAGAGAGGUCUAUACAUGAGAUAUACAGUGAAGUGGGUUGAUUGGAAUAAUUUCAUCAUUCCUGUUAAUAUAUAUAUACUUGAUGUAACUGACACAUGGAAGAAGUCAGAUGAACUUACAAGUCAUUAUUGCCAGGUGGAAUAUGAUGUUGAUGCUUGCACUGCCACUGAUGAGGCUAAUGAUGGUUGCAUUGAUGCCAAAAGGGUAAGCCUCUCUUUGCCAACUGGUGGUAAUGUCAUCUACAGUGUUGCACACCAGCAUACAGGGGGAAUUGGUUCAACUCUUUAUGGAGAGGAUGGACGGGUAAUAUGCCAUUCGACACCAACUUAUGGAGAAGGAAAGGAAGCAGGAAAUGAGGCUGGUUAUAUUGUAGGAAUGUCCACCUGUUAUCCUCAACCCGGCUCUGUCAAGAUAUCUGAUGGGGAGACUCUAGUUGUGGUAUCAAAUUAUAGCAGUGCUAAAGGGCAUACAGGAGUUAUGGGGCUCUUCUACAUUUUGGUUGCAGAUUCAUUACCACAGUCCAAUUCUUUCCUGCCUGUUCCGGUUGAUGAGCAUGAAAAGAUAACAUUACCUCAUUCUGUUUGGGGUAUAGCAUUUUUUGGAGCGGCAAUAGCUGUAGCUGCUGUCUUUGCUUUUCGAAGAAAGAGCGAGCAAGAGGAAGGCUACCAAUCAAUUUGAUGCGAGCUGGUUGCAACAUGUUUAAUUUUAUAAUGUAUAUACAAACUUCUUGUGAUCUACAGUCAAAACUUCUGAUAUCUCUGUAGCAAUAAAUUAAACCUUUUCAUCACCUCCAGAAGUUGUUCAUUUUCUUCUCUAAA